AUGGAAUUGGAGAAUAUUGUUGCGAACACUGUAUACUUGAAAGCGAGAGAGGGCGGUUCCGAUAGCAACAAAGGGAAGAGCAAAAAGUGGCGCAAGAUCCUUCAGUUCCCACACAUAUCGCAAUGUUUAGAUAUAAAAACAAAAAUAGAUGUAGGCUACGACUAUGUGGUGGACCAACAGCCCAUCGGCAAGCUGCUGUUCCGGCAGUUCUGCGAGCGCAACCGCCCUGAGUAUCACAAGUACAACAGCUUCCUCGAUGCGGUGGAUAGGUACGAAGUGGGGGUGGACGAGACGCGGGUCGCCCUCGCCGCUGAGGUGUUCGGGAGGUACCUGAAGACGGAGGACGGUGAGGCCGUCACCGAUGUGGUAACCGAUUCGGUGGUCGACGAUGCGAGCGGGCUCCUUGAGGGCGGCGCGAAGGAAAUCUUCGGCGAAUGCGUGCGCUGCGUGAAAAACUUUCUCGCGGGCACUCCGUUCGCGGAGUUCGAACGCUCGAUGUACUUCCACCGCUACCUGCAGUGGAAGUGGCUGGAAGCGCAGCCGGUCACGCAGCACACCUUCCGUAUGUACCGAGUGCUCGGGAAGGGCGGCUUCGGAGAGGUCUGCGCUUGUCAGGUUCGGGCGACAGGUAAAAUGUACGCGUGCAAGAAACUGGAAAAGAAACGUAUAAAGAAGCGCAAGGGAGAGGCGAUGGUUCUGAUCGAGAAGCAGAUACUGCAGCGGAUCAACUCGCGGUUCGUCGUGAACCUCGCGUACGCGUACGAGACGAAAGACGCACUCUGUCUCGUUCUUACCAUUAUGAACGGUGGGGACCUAAAGUUCCACAUUUACAACAUGUGCGGCGCGGACACCGGUCUCGGUUUGGAACGGUCGCGGUUCUACGCGGCGCAAGUUGCCUGCGGCCUGGAACAUUUGCACAAAAUGGGCAUAGUUUACAGAGACUGUAAGCCAGAAAACAUUUUGCUGGACGACGCGGGGCACGUGCGCAUCUCGGACCUGGGGCUGGCGGUGGACGUGCCCGACGGCGGCAGCGUGCGCGGCCGCGUCGGCACCGUCGGCUACAUGGCGCCCGAGGUGAUAGACAAUGAACGCUACACAUUCAGCCCGGACUGGUUUUCGUUUGGGUGUUUGGUGUAUGAAAUGAUAGAGGGACGGGCGCCUUUUCGAGCGCGGAAGGAGAAGGUGAAGCGGGAGGAGGUGGACAGGAGAGUGAAGCACGAGCAGGAAAAGUACUCGAGCAAGUUCAGCGAGUGCGCGCGCGCGCUGUGCGCGGCGCUGCUGGCCAAGCGGCACGACGCGCGCCUCGGCGGCGGCGCGGGCCGGCGCGGCGCCGCGCGCGUCAAGGCGCACCGCUUCUUCGCGCGCCUCAACUGGGCGCGCCUCGAGGCCGGCCUGCUCGACGCGCCCUUCGUGCCCGACCCGCAUGCGGUAUACGCAAAGGAUGUCCUGGACAUCGAACAGUUUUCGACGGUGAAGGGUGUGAACUUGGACGCGGCAGAUGACACGUUCUACGGCAAGUUCAACACGGGCAGCGUCAGCAUCCCGUGGCAGAGCGAGAUGAUCGAGACCGGCUGUUUCACCGAGCUCAACGUCUUCGCCAGAGGUGAAGACGGCAAGGAGUGUCGAACCCCAGACUUACAACUGGUGGCGACCACCAACACUCAGGAGGAGGACACGGGUUGUUUUAUGUUCGCGAGGCGGACGCUGUGCCCGCAAAAGAAAAUCCCCCCGCGGCUGCGCGCCGUGCCCGUGCCCGAGCACCUGCUGCCGCACAGCUGA